AUGGCAUCCUUCACAUCACCGAAAAUUAUCGAAAAUUGCGUUAUUCUUUGGUUAGAUGACAAUCGGAACUUUUCCACCGAGGAUAAUAAAGAUUCGAUUGCUCAAUUUCGAAGCAUUGUCAACGCCGUCGAAACUUUCAAAGACAUCGACUCAUGCCGUCAACGUCUCACUCAACUGAAAAAUGAAAAAGUUUUCUUCGUCGUGUCCGAUACUUUACUAAACGAAAUCGCUGCUUUCGAAGACAACUUCGUUCAACUGUCUUCCAUUUAUGUCUUCUGCAGCAACUCAGCAGUACGCACUGAUAAAAUCAAAUCGUUCAGAAAAGGAAGAGGCAUUUUCACGAACAUGACACAUCUUUGUAACGAAUUGAAAACGGACGUUCGGCGAGUGGAGAAGAACUUACUGUGCGGUGAUACAAUCUCACCAUCGGCUAACUUAACUGAUAACGACCUUCCACCGUCGUUUAUGUAUUGUCAAGUAUUGAAGGAGAAUUUCUUCAAGUUGGAAGACGACUCAGAUGCCAAGAGAAAAUUUAUCGAAUACUGCAAAUCACAAUAUGUAGGAAAUAUAUCGGAAAUGAAAUACAUCGAAGAUUUUCAAGCAACCUACGAUCGUGAAUCUGAGAAAAAAUCGCCGAUUUGGUGGUAUACUAAUCAAUGUUUUCUAUAUCAAAUGCUCAAUCGUGCAUUACGAUUGCUGGAUAUCGAAGUUUUAAUGCACAUCAACUUCUAUAUUCGAGAUCUUCACGAGCAAAUCAAGCGAAGACACAAACAUCCAAGAGAAGCACUGCCGCCAGUCGUUUAUCGAGGACAAGGCUUGUCGAAGUCUGAUUUCGACAAGCUAAAGACGAACAGUUUGCAAUCUUUUAAUAAUUUUCUCUCCACAACAACCAAACAACCCAAGGCAGUGGAAUUUGUACGAUAUGCACUACACAAUCCUGAUUAUCCCGACUCGAUUGGGAUUCUAUGGGAAAUACCGAUUGCUUCUUCGGUUUCAUCUGUUCCUUUCACUCUGGUCGAGGAUAUUACUGCCAUCAAGGAAGAAUGUGAAGUUCUUUUCUCCAUCGGUGCUGUUUUUCGUAUUAAAAGUAAAGAACAAGAGAAAAUUGAAGAACUUAGCUUGUGGCGAAUAAAACUGGCUUUGACAGAAGAUCGCGACUCAUCAUUGACACGCCUCACAGAUCAUAUUCGGAGAUCAUUGGGUUCUGGAACUGGUUGGCGUCCAUUGGGUCAACUAAUGAUUAAAAUGGGUCAUUUCAGCAAAGCAAAAGAAAUUUACGAGAAGUUAAUUAUUGGUGUUGCGCCUGAAGAUAAAUUAGAAUUCAUUUUUCUCCACAAUCAACUUGGUCAUGUUGAAAAACAAAUGGGUAACCUAACCGAGGCAUUCGAACAUUAUCAAAAGGCGAUCAACUGUAGUAAAGGAUAUUUGUCGCCACACGACUCUCAACUAUCCAGUAUAUAUUCGAACAUUGGUGUCAUUUCGAAAAAACUUAAACGAUUCGAUGAAGCAUUGACAUAUUUUAAUCUUGUUCUCGAAAUCGACCGUUCUACAUCGGAUCCUAACCGAUUAGAGAUUGCUGUCGAUUACAAUAACAUCGGCUCGGUACUGGACGACCAAGGCAAAUAUGCCGAAGCUCUCAACAAUUAUGAAAAAGCACUAGAAAUCAAGUUAGCCCAUUUGCAACCUGAUCAUCCAUCUUUAGCCAAUAAUUACAGCAACAUAGGUGUCAUCCAUAGAAAAAUGGGUGAUUGUUCAACGGCGUUGUCAUUUUAUGAAAAGGCUCUUGCUAUUCAAAAAAAAACUUUACAGCCCAAUCAUUCUGCAUUCAUCACCACAUAUAGUAAUAUGGUAUCUGCGUUACACAGUCUCAAUAGAAUAGAUGAAGCAAUUAAGUGUGCAACCGAGGCUGCAAACAUCGCUAAGGAAGCACUUGGAACAGCUCAUCCCGAAACGAAACGGCGAAAAGAUAUUUUAGAUAAACUAGAAAAGAAACAAUGA